AUGACAAUCUUUGAUCUUUGCAAUUUGUCUACUGGUGUUUCUCUUGAAACGCUUCUCCCUGACUACAUUCUUUCCAUUGCCAACAGUCGUGUAACACCGCAGCGAAUUUUUUCCUCUGACGUUACUGUUGAUGGAGUUCGGAUCUCGUCUCCGAACAUUUAUCUUGGGCCUAAUAUUGCCGCGCAUGGAUUGGACGGGAUUCUUGCUAUCAGUUUCUCUGCAGGAAUAAGCUCUCCCGACGAUCUUGGGUUCAUUUAUCCUACAACUUCUCCCAUCGGGUGUCCUCCUCCGGUUAAACCCGAACUGGCGCCAGAGUUUGCUUCACCUCUGAAGGAUAUAGAAUCUCCUUAG